GGUUACCAUGUAAAUAUGUGUGGAUUUAUUCAUGCAACAACUCUGAAUAGAGAGGGCUGGCUGUAUGGUCCUCAUAUCACAAGAAAACAGAUAUGGCAGAGUCACAUGAUUGAAAUGAGCCAAGAUCCAAGUCUGACCCUGCCCCUCCUGCCCGAAACUCUGCCGCUCACCAUGGCUUCCGAAGAACUGUACGAGGUUGAAAGGAUUGUUGACAAAAGGAAAAACAAAAAAGGGAAGACGGAGUACUUGGUUCGGUGGAAAGGGUAUGACAGCGAGGAUGACACAUGGGAGCCAGAGCAGCACCUGGUGAACUGUGAGGAAUAUAUGCACGAUUUCAACAGGCGCUACACUGAAAAGCAGAAAGAAAGUGCAUUAACCGGAACAAAUAGUACCUCUUCAAACAAUGCUAGGAAACAAAUUUCCAGAUCCACCAACACCAACUUUUCUAAGACCUCUCCUAAGUCACUAGUGAUUGGCAAAGACCACGAGUCCAAAAACAGCCAGUUGUUUGCUGCCAGCCAGAAGUUCAGGAAAAACACAGCACCAUCUCUCUCUAGCAGGAAGAAUAUGGACCUAGCAAACUCAGGUAUCAAGAUACUUGUGCCUAAGAGCCCCAUUAAGAGCAGGACCGUGGUGGACGGCUUUCAGAACGAGAACCCUGAGAAACUAGAUCCCGUCGAGCAGGGUCAGGAAGACACAGUGGCACCUGAGGUGGCAGCAGAGAAGCCAGUUGGAGCUCUGUUGGGCCCUGGCACGAAGCGGGCCAGGAUGGGGAGCAGGCCCCGGAUACACCCACAGGUGCCUCAAGUGCCUGGCCCUGUGACUGCAGCCAUGGCCAUGGGCUUAGCUGUGAACAAGAAAAGAGUGACAGCCAGGAAAACGAAAUUUAUUGACAACAGAAUAGACCAGCCUUUUGACAAGCGGUUCCGUUUCAGUGUGAGGCAAACAGAAAGUGCCUGCAGAUACAGAGAUAUUGUCGUCAGGAAGCAGGAUGGCUUCACCCACAUCUUGUUAUCCACAAAAUCAUCAGAGAAUAACUCACUAAAUCCAGAGGUAAUGAAAGAAGUCCAGAGCGCUCUGACCACGGUGGCUGCCGCCGCCGACAGCAAGCUGGUUCUGCUCAGCGCAGUCGGCAGUGUUUUCUGUUGCGGGCUUGACUUUAUUUAUUUUAUACGGCGUUUAACAGACGACAGAGAAAGAGAAAGCACUAAAAUGGCAGAAGCUAUCAGAAACUUCGUGAAUACUUUCAUUCAGUUUAAGAAGCCUAUUUUUGUAGCAGUAAAUGGCCCGGCCAUUGGACUAGGAGCAUCCAUAUUGCCUCUUUGUGAUGUGAUUUGGGCUAACGAAAAGGCUUGGUUUCAAACACCCUAUACUACCUUCGGACAGAGUCCACAUGGCUGUUCUACUGUUAUGUUUCCCAAGAUUAUGGGAGGAGCAUCUGCAAAUGAAAUGUUGCUCAGCGGGCGGAAGCUGACUGCACAGGAGGCCUGUGGCAAGGGCCUGGUCUCCCAGGUGUUCUGCUCCGGCACCUUCACCCAGGAAGUCAUGGUUCGAAUUAAGGAGCUUGCCUCAUGUAAUCCAGUUGUGCUCGAGGAAUCCAAAGCCCUUGUGCGCUGUAACAUGAAGCUGGAGCUGGAACAGGCCAAUGAGAGGGAAUGCGAAGUGCUCAAGAAAAUCUGGGGCUCUGCCCAAGGGAUGGACUCGAUGUUAAAGUACUUGCAGAGGAAAAUCGAUGAGUUUUGAUGGUCAGGCUGCCUGCUGGUGACAAUGGAAUUGGCUCCAAGUUGCCCUAAUCCAUCCUUGGCCUGAAACAAGUUCACCCAUUGCUCACACUUGGGAGCAGGACUGGAAACAUCCAAGCUAUUUAUUAUCAAGGAGUUUUUAAGUACUAUAACUUAAAAAUAAACAACUACAA